AUGAACUGGCUGGAAGACGUUCGCAUUCUGUAUCGGAGCAUACCAUAUAAAACCUCUAUCAACACGUCGUACAAAAGUGGAAGAUUUGAUGUGACAGGAUGCCUCCCACAUGAUGAGUUUACGAAUGAAGAUCCGGAUAGCCUUGGUGUGUUUUCCCCGUACGAAGGCGAUUCCUUCUUCUCCAUUCCCAUUCACCAUGCUUGCAACGGAGUGCUGGCAAGGUUUCUGGACCACGCGGUGGGCACUAACCCAACCAUCUAUCUCGAAGUGCUCUUCAAGACCCUGAAAAGCUUCCACAACGCAGCGUCCAGAACCUGCCUGGGAAAGAUGAAGUAUGGCAAAAUUGCCAAUCAGCAAGGCCAAUUCUGGUACCCGACAGUUCGAACCAAGGAAUAUGUGGUCGACCCAUUUUUCCCGUCCUCUGAGUUGAUCGCGUAUUAUGAAGAUCUGCCCCAGUUACGACGAGAUCAUGCGACAAGCGGUGAAAGCAAAGUUGACUAUACGGAAGCCAGGUCAGGCAGAGGCCCAUUUGCAAAUCUAGCACCAGAGCUUUUGAUGAUGAUUCUUAUGCAUCUUACCGUGAAGACAAUUGGUCGCUUGAGGGUUGCUAGUGCCGAUAUCGCACAGCUACAGUUACCCAAUAGCUUCUGGAAACAGAAACUCAUGCUUGACAUGCCUUGGCUUUGGGACUUUCCCUGUCUAAGUGCUGGGCAGACCUUGGAAGGGUUGGACUGGCUUCAAAUCUACAAGGAUCUUUACCUGGGAAGCAAGCCCAGCAACAGCCGCCCCUUCCUUACUCUAGUCAACCGUCGACGGAUAUGGAGCAUUUGUGAGCAGGUUGCACCACGUUUCGAUCAAUUCCAAAGAGAAAUGGAAAUGAUGGCACAGCCUGCUGCGUACGCAAAGGGACUAUAG